AUGGGGCGCGCCUGCGCUGUGAAUGCGGCAGGAUGGGGCACGCCUGCGCUCUGUGUGCUGCGGGUCGGGCGCCUUUGCGCUCUGGACGUUGAGGCAGCAGUAAACAUGGAUAUAGCGUAUGUAUGUGAGUGGGAGAAGCGGCCGAAGAGCAAUUAUUGUCCGUCUGUACAGCUGGUGUGUGCUUGGUCCUGCAGAAACCUGGUUGCCUUCACAACGGAUCUGAAGAACGAGGAAGAGCAAGAACAAGAUCUUACUUAUAUGAUUCACAUUUUGGAUACUGAGCAUCCUUGGGAUGUUUACUCUAUUAACUCAGGACAUCAUGAAGUGAUUACUUCUCUGGAGUGGGAUCAAUCUGGUUCUCGGUUAUUAUCUGCUGAUGCUGAUGGUCGGGUGAAAUGCUGGAGUAUGACUGAUCAUCUGGUAAACAGCUGGGAUAACAUAGUUGGGAGUUCAGUGGACGGGGAUCCCAUUGUAGCCUUGUCGUGGCUACACAAUGGUGUCAAGUUGGCCUUGCAUGUAGAAAAGUCUGGAGCAUCCAAUUUUGGUGAGAAGUUUUCUCGAGUGAAGUUCUCCCCUUCCUUGACACUUUUUGGAGGGAAGCCAAUGGAAGGUUGGAUUGCUGUAACCAUUAGUGGUCUAGUGACUGUGUCGUUACUGAAACCAAGUGGACAGGUUCUCACUGCUACAGAGAGUUUAUCACGUUUGAGAAGCAGAGUUGCCCUGGCAGACAUUGCAUUCACUGGUGGUGGGAACAUCGUGGUGACUACUUCGGAUGGCAGCAGCUCCUCUCCCGUUCAAUUUUAUAAAGUCUGUGUGAGUGUUGUAAAUGAGAAAUGCAAAAUUGACACUGAACUGCUUCCAUCACUCUUCAUGCGUUGUACGACAGACAGUGCUCGAAAGGAGAAGUAUCCGGCUGUCACACAUCUGAAAUUUUUAACAAGAGAGACAUCUGAGCAGGUAUUACUGUGUGCUUCCAGCUUGACUGGCAGCAUUGUAGAAUGUUGGUCAUUAAGGAAGGAAGGCUUACCAGUGAAUAACAUUUUUCAGCCAAUUUCCCCUGUGGGUGAUAAACAACCAAGCAUUCUGAAGUGGAGAAUUCUAUCUGCAACCAAUGAUCUGGAUCGAGUAACAGCUGUGGGUUUACCUAAACUUCCAAUUUCACUGACCAGCACCGACCUAAAGGUGGCGACAGACACCAAAUUCUUCCCAGGACUUGGACUUGCAUUAGCAUUCCAUGACGGAACUAUUCACAUUGUUCACAGGCUUUCACUACAAACAAUGGGAGUUUUCUAUAGCACUCCCUCUCAGCGACCAACAGAUGACCAAGCUAUUAAACGACAGCGUACAACUGCAUCUUCUGUACACUUCAAAGCAUUACAGUUGUCCUGGACUUCAUUGGCACUGGUAGGAAUAGACAAUCAUGGAAAGUUAAGUAUGCUGAGGAUCUCACCUUCAAUGGGUCACACAUUAGAUAUGAACACAUCACUGCGUCACCUGCUUUUUCUACUGGAGUACUGCAUGGUGACUGGUUACGAUUGGUGGGACAUUCUUUUGCACGUGCAGCCUAACAUGGUGCAAAACCUAGUGGAGAAAUUACAUGAGGAAUAUACACGCCAGAAUCAGGCUUUGCAACAGGUUCUGUCUACUCGAAUUAUUGCCAUGAAAGCAUCUUUGUGUAAGCUGUCAACAAACACAUUGGCAAGAGCCUGUGACUUCCAUGCAAAGCUGUUGUUGAUUGCAAUUGGUUCCACACUUAAAUCACUCCUUCGACCACACCUGCUCAACACACCAGACAAGAGCCCUGGAGAACGAUUGACUGAAAUCUGCUGUAAAAAUACUGACACUGAUAUUGAUAAAGUUAUGAUAAACCUGAAAACUGAAGAGUUUGUCCUGGAUGCUUGGGUGUUACAGUCACUUCAGCAGCUCAUACAGUGGGUUGGAGACUUCGUGCUAUACCUUCUGGCUAGUUUGCCAAAUCAAGGUUCUCCAGUUCGGCCAGGGUUUAGUUUCCUCCGAGAUGGCACCUCGCUUGGAAUGCUCAGAGAACUAAUGGUGGUGAUCCGAAUAUGGGGUCUCCUUAAGCCUGGUUGUCUGCCAAUAUAUACUGCUACAUCUGACACCCAAGACAGCAUGUCACUGCUCUUCCGACUGCUCACUAAACUCUGGCUCUGCUGUAGAGAUGAAAAUCAUACAACUGAACCUGAUGACAAUCUUAUAGAUGAAUGUUGUCUGCUUCCCAGCCAACUGCUUGUUCCCAGCAUGGACUGGUUACCAGUGAAUGACGGAAUUAUUGGCAAAUUACAGAGUAAACAGCUGUUAAAACUGCAGUUUGGGAAACCAAUCAGUGUACCCAGUCACUUUGCAACCUCUCAGCUUGAUAUUUUUGCGAGAUCACCAGGGUAUCAGAAAAUGGACAACUUAAGGAGACUUAAUUUAGGAGUAUGUCCAACAGAAGAAACCAAAUCCUGUACUAGAUGUGGGUGCAACACCAUGCUGAAAUCGCCAAACAAGUCGACUGCAGUUAAACAAUGGGAACAGCGGUGGAUUAAGAACUGUCUGUGUGGGGGGCUGUGGCGCAAAGUGUCCAUUACUCUGUCCUAAAUAGUCUUUGUUACAAAGACAACACAAAAUAUGCAUUUGAAGAUAUCAGUUGGAAAAUUAUCAGAUGUCAAGGAUUAAAAAAACUAGAAAUUUGAUAGAAUUUUUAUUAUAAUAAAUGAAUUUGUUUCGUA